UGAGCCCUGGGCUGUACAGAGAGUUGAAGGAUUGCCGAAAGCCUGCUUCAUCUUCAGCGCCAUCCGAAAGGGGAGAAUUCACGUCAACGACCUGCUCCUGACCCUUCACACACUGGGGAUCCUCGUGACCAGCACUGAGAUGCGGAAGGUGCUGAAAACCAUCGACAUCGACGAAAAUGGAAACCUGAGCUUUGCCGAUUUCCUGGAAGCUCUGGAUGAGACCUCGCCCUUUGCCCAGACGGAGGGGACAGGGUGGACGGAAGAGCCGGGGAUGGCUUCUGCUGCUGGCAAGUGUGUCAGCGAUUAUGAAGGAGACGGGAAGGUGAAUUUUAAAGAAUUUCUGAAAGGUUUGACCAGCACCAAACGUUUCUCCAGAACCCUAGAGAUGGAAGGGGCCAUGAAAGUCAUUGGCGUGAUCAAAGAGGACACAGUGGACAUUCAUCACCUGGAAUCCAUCAUGCGCAACAUGAGGAUUCAUUUAACUCCGGAGGAGAUUCAGAAGGCGCUGAAGCACGUUACCUGUGAGGAAGAUGGGAAGGUGAAUUUGAAAGAUUUCAUGACUGGUUUGACCAAGACCCGGCGAUUUUCCCAAGCUGAAAAGGACAGGGUUGAUGUCCGGAACCUGGACUCCAUUCUGGACAACAUGGGGAUCUACCUGAUGAAUGAGGAGCUGCAGGAAGCCCUGAGGCACGUUACGGUUGAUGCGGACGGGAAGGUGUAUCUGAGCAAAUUUCUGCAGGGCGUGAGAGCCCUCCGGAGAUUCUCCCACAGUGAAGGGAAAAAGGUUGAUAUCAGAGACCUGGACUCUCUUCUGACCGAAAUGGGGAUGCACUUAACACAGAAAGAGCUCCAAGAAGUGCUGAAGCUCGUCAUUGUGGAUGGAGACGGGAAGAUAAACGUGAGUGACUUUACGAAGAAUGUGAUCAGCACACGGAGGGCUUCCAAAGCUGAGAGGGACAGGGUUGCUACGAGUCACCUGGACUCCAUUCUGGGCAACAUUGGGAUCUUUUUAACUGAAGAGGAGCUCCAGGAGGCGCUGAAGCACACGGAAAUAGACGCGGAGGGGAAGGUGAAUUUGAGUGAAUUCAUGAAGAGUGUCCAGCGAUUGUCCGAAGCCGAAGGGGAAAAGGUUGAUGUCGAUAACCUGGACUCCAUUCUAGCCAAUAUGGGGAUCCAUUUAACGGCUGAGGAAUUUCAGAAGGCGCUGGGGGGUGUUACUUGUGGUGCCGACGGAAAGGUGGAGCUAAAACACUUUAUGAAGAGCGUGAUGGGCACCUGGUGGACUUCCCAGUGUGAAAGGGAUUUGGUGGAUCUCCAGAACCUGGACUGCAUCCUGGACAGCAUGGGGGUCCAUUUAACCGAUGAGGAGCUGCAGGAGGUGCUGACACAUGCUACUGUUGAUGCCAAUGGGAAGGUGAAUUUGGGCAAAUUUAUGAAGGGGAUGAAGACUAUCCAGAAAUUGCCCCUAGGUGAGGAGGACAAAGUGGAUGUGGGGAACCUGGACUGCACCCUGGCCAACAUGGGGAUCCAUUUAACCCCGGAGGAGCUGCAGGAGGCGCUCAAGCACUGCCCCGUUGACACAGACGGCAAAGUCAGCCUGAGUGUUUUUAUGAAGAGCAUGAUGAGUACACGGAGACCCUCCCAGGCGCAGAGAGACAAUGUUGAUAUCCAGAACCUGGACUACAUCCUAGACAGCAUGGGGGUCCAUUUAACCAAUGAAGAGCUGCAGGAGGUGUUGAAACAUGUGACUGUUGAUGGGGACAGAGUUGAUCCUCGUCACCUGGACUCCAUCCUGGCCCACAUGGGGAUCUAUUUAACCCAUGAGGAGCUGCAGGAGGCACUGAAAUUAGUAACAGUGGAUGAGAAACCUCAGACGACCUUUGGCCCGAUCUCUGAAACCAAUAUGACACUGAAAUCCCUGCCAAAGAAGAUGAUGUUGAAACCCCUGCCAAAAAAGACCAGCGGCAGGGAGUUAUCUGGCAUCCUCCUAGACAGGAAUAAGUGCAAAGCAGCAAAGAACCUGACCAAGGACCAGCUAGAAGCUUUCCACCAGGCCUACAGUUUCUUCAGUAAGGACGCAGAUGGCAAUAUUGACCUACAAGGCUUGGAGACGACUGCAGAGAAGCUGGGGAUUAGUUUAACCGCACAAGAGGCCUACGAUGAGCUGUCAUAUGCUGAUAUGGACGGAGAUGGGAAGGUGAACUUCUCUGAUUUUCUGACCAUUGUCAUCGACAACAAGCGCUUCAUCCAGGCUAUAGCCCCCGAGAAAGGCUGCCUGGAGGACUUUGAUUCCAUCAACGCCACGGGAAUCCUGCUCUUUGAGGUCCUGUCAAAGCUGGUGGAAAUGUCGGCUCUGCCAAGGAAGGCCAUGCGUGAAAUAGUCAGUUAUUACCGGCAGAAGUUCCUGGCGUCUACUGGCAGGAGGGCCUGGAUAGAUGCUGGCGGCUCAGUGGAGCAUGGGAAGGGGCUCCACACGCUCAGAAAAUCCCCAGCUCCUCAGCGAGGCAGAAUCACUCCUAUGUCUGCCUUUGCAGGUGCUGCCCGCAUCUCAGUGAUGAAUGACAAAGAGCUGGAAGCCUAUGUGGAAACCCUCAAGGCAAGCAGUGUCCCCUCCAACAGUCCUUAUGCUCAGGUACCCAUCUUCCCAUUGCUUCCCAACCGGGAUGGAAUGUCAAUACCGAAGCCAAAAAAAGACUUACAGAAACUGGAGAUGCAGAGAAGGAAAGAACCUAUAUCAUCCUUUGAAAACCAUUUUUUCCACAAAAGAAACUGGCUGCGUGAGGCAACUGCAUUCAAACCUCCUGAUUACUUCAGAGACAAGAAAAACUCCCUUAGUCUCGGCCCUCACUUGAUGGAGAGGCAACACCGUUUGACUAUAGAAGACCUGCGUGAGAUACGACUAGAUGUGAAGAGGGUAACUGAAAUGUACAAGCAGGGGAUGGCACUCAAGGAGAGGAACAGGAUGCUGAGACUGUGGCGGAGGUUGCACGGUGGCCAGAUUGGGCUGGAGUCAGGGAACCACAGCUUCUACCACACUUUCUCCACCUACUCUUGGUCGUGGAAUGCUCGCCAAGAGCUGGUGACACCCAACGAACUUCAGCAGUAUGAUAACAAACUGUAUCGCAGAGAACAUUCCUCAGCCCGCUCCGAUGACAGCGAAGUCAAGAGUGGGAUAAGGAAAGGAAAAGAGAGGAAAUGAAAAGAGCCAUGCUGCUCCAUUUUCUUAACUUCACUGUUGACUAUUGUCCUCCUUCCCAUUCUAUUAUUUUUCCCUAUAACAGUCUCAGACUCUUACACAGGUCACACUGUCCGAGGGUAGGAAAGAACUGUUUUCUCUUUGC